AUGAGGUGGCCUGUCGCUGUAUUCUUGGCAGUGCUGCAGUUCUGCAGCCCAGCACUGCAGACUGACCCGCGUCUCUACAUCUCCCAGGUGCAUGAAGGGCAAGAACAACCCAAGGCAUGGCUUAACCCCACGCUGGAAGAUGUUGUCCCUUCCCGGGAAGUCAUCCAAUCUCCUGAAAUUAGAGAGACUCCAGAAACUGAGACGACCUCUCACUCCUUCCCCAUGUUUGGUGAACACACCAACCUGAAGUGGGUGACGUGGAGCGGCUCUCUCCCAAACGGUGCCGUCGCCAUCUUCAACGGCUACACCGAACGCAACGACUACGUGUGCAAAGUCAACUGCGAGGCCGGCUUCUACUCUCCCAGUAAAGGGAACCUCUGCCAGUACCCGUAUGCUGACAAAGAGUAUGCUUCCUCCAAGUUUGAAAUGCUGGUCAACGUGGAUCACUUUGAGUUCCUGGAGUGGGUUGAAGAGUCGUAUGGGUCAGUCCCAGGUUAUGCCAUCAAAACCUGCCCCGACUCAGACAUCUAUGUGGGCAAAAACAAGUACGGUCUUGGCAAAGUAGUGCCCCAACACGAGGCCUUCUUCCUUCCCUGGGAGGGCGAUGAGUACUGGUACAAGAGCUACCAGGUUCUCGCUAUUAACAGAGACAGAUACAGCCAGCACAUCUCUCAUGUGGAGUAUGGCAUCGACCAGAUGGAGCUGUUCCACCAUCCUCCGGAGGCCCUGCAGCUCGCCAAAGUCACCAACCUGGAGUGCAGAAAUGUGCAGAAGACGGUGAGACUGGAGAAGACCAGUUCGAUAGCGAAGUUCUGGGAUAUUGGCAGGGAGACCCGCAACGGCUCCAUUUCCACCAUGAAGGCCAAAGUGCCCAUCCUUGGCCCGGGGACUGUGGACCUCAGCAAGGAGCAGACUGUGACCUUCUCAGAGGGAACUAGUAUUGUGGAGGCCAUCAGUCACUCUGUCUCUGUGGAGCUGCUGGUGCCACCCAACCACUCCUGCACCGUUAGGAUGGACGGCAGGAAGAUGACGGCCGACAUCCCCUUCACUGGCAGGCUGAGCAGGACCAAUCACAACGGAGACACCCACUGGACGUACAUCACGGGCAUCUACGAUGGCGUGAGCGUCGGCGAGAUCAAUGCUGUGGUUGAGAGAUGUCAGCCGGUUAUUGACGCUGUUCCCUGCACCCCAAGUCAAGACUGA